UUGUUGUUGUCGCGUUGAUAGUGCUAAGAUUAUUUUUAUUUGAUGAGCUGGAAAUUCAAAUAAAAACAAGAAGUUCUUACAUAUGUUCUAAUCUGUAUUGAUAAGAGUUUUAUCUUUUAUUUUUCUUCGGGGUUAUGUUUGGACGUUCGUGUUCAUAUAUUUUUAAUUUUUGUAAAACGUUCGUUGUGCUUUGAUUAUUAUUUAUUUCUUAAAUAAAGAUCAUUUGAUUUAAAUAUUUUAUUUUAAUAUUAAGAUACAAAAAAUGUUAACCCAAACUACUUCAAUUUCAAGACAAAUGCUGAAAGCCAGCAAGACUUUAAGACUUUUGAUUGCUUCUAAAUCCACAAGUGCUCCAGAAUACAAUUGGAGAGAUCCAUUGAAUCUCGAAUCGUUGCUGACAGAGGAAGAGAUCGCGAUCCGAGAUACAUUCCGCAAUUACUGCACCAAAACGCUCUUGCCGCGCGUCACACUCGCUAAUCGUAAUGAAUUUUUCCACAAGGAGAUUAUGACGGAGUUGGGUGAACUGGGUGCUCUUGGUUGCACUCUUAAGGGCUACGGGUGUGUUGGGGUUUCAAAUGUUGCCUACGGUCUGCUAACUCGAGAAGUGGAGCGUGUUGAUUCGGCAUACAGAUCAGCCUUGAGUGUUCAAAGUUCGCUGGUCAUGGGUGCUAUUUACGAUUUUGGUAGUGAUGCGCAGAAAGAUAAAUAUUUACCCAAAUUGGCGCAGGGAAAACUUAUCGGAUGCUUUGGCCUGACUGAACCAAACCACGGAAGUGACCCGGCUGGAAUGGAAACUCGGGCAAAGUACGAUAGUCAAGCUAAGAGUUAUAUACUUAAUGGAAGCAAAACUUGGAUUACAAACUCGCCUAUAGCAGAUAUCGCCAUUGUUUGGGCGAAGUGCGAUGAUGGAUUGCUGCGUGGAUUUAUUGUGGAUAGAGCUGAAUCAUCAAAGGGACUAUCUACACCCAAAAUUGAAGGAAAGUUUUCUUUGCGCGCAUCUACAACUGGGAUGCUACUUUUCGAUGAUGUUGUAGUGCCAGAGGAGAAUAUACUUCCGAAUGUUUCAGGAUUUAGGGGUCCAUUUUCAUGUCUAAAUAAUGCUCGCUAUGGUAUUGCUUGGGGCGCACUAGGUGCUGCUGAGUCUUGCCUUGAAAUUGCAAGGCAAUACACAAUGGAUAGGAAUCAAUUUAAGAGACCACUGGCGGCUAACCAAUUGAUCCAGAAGAAAAUGGCGGAUAUGUCUACUGAAAUUGCUCUGGGUUUGUUGGCAUGUGUACAACUUGGCCGUUUAAAGGAACAGCACUUACAUACUCCCGAAAUGAUUUCCAUGUUGAAGAGAAAUAAUUCUGGCAAGGCACUUGAUAUAGCUCGUGUGGCUCGAGAUAUGCUUGGAGGCAAUGGCAUUUCAGAUGAAUACCAUAUUAUAAGGCAUGUUAUGAACUUGGAGGCAGUUAAUACCUACGAAGGUACCCACGAUAUACAUGCGUUGAUUUUGGGCAGAGCAAUAACUGGAAUUGCAGCAUUUGCAGGUUAAGAAAUUAAAAAUUGAUAUAAACUUCUUAAAACUCAUACCCUUCUGUUGAUUAUACAUAUAUAAAUUUGGAAUAAGUAAUAAAUGUACAUAUUUAA